ACGCACAUGACGGCCGGUUACCUCAUACGGACUUAACGCGCACUGACUACCCGGAAACGGUACUUUGCCAGAUGGCUGAACGAUGAGUUCAUUCACGACGGUUUGACGGACCGCCAUAAAACAUUAUAUGUCCUCUAUACGCCUAAUACAUCCUUGCUUUUUAUUCACAUCACAAUCAACUAUUACAAUGACUAAGAAACUGCAACGCGCAAUGAGAUCAUUUCGUCACUCAUGCGCUAAAAGAAGUCAAGCGUUGUGCUUAAUCCUCGUAUAUGCGGGUGAACUGUACGUGUAGCCGCAUAUCAGUGGGACGGACUCUGUCGAAAGUAUCGUAGCAGUGCUCUUUUGAGUUAAAAAUUGUCAUUGUGGAUAAUGCCAAGACAAAGGCAACCGUUGAAUUGGUUGCCUUGCUGAAUCGUGGUGUCGGCAAGUUUUGUUUAUGAAGUUCGGUGCGCCUAUGAGCCUAUCGGCACUUCGUUUUUGUUUUGUCACAGCGGCAAUGGCUUCAAUAACCACCGUGACUGAAGAUGAUCAAUCGAUGUCAGCACUGGUCACACACCUGGGGCCACUCACUACCAUCUUCACACCGCCCUUCUCUUGCGACACGAGGUGGUUCUAUGUUCCAGACACCAGUUCGGGAGGACAUAUUUUGAUGAAUUCUCUGCCAUAUGAAUUUCUCAAAACCAUAAACAUCCCACUUAUUAGUACAGAGAAAAAUUAUUUUGAAGACUGCGUACCAUAUUCAAGCCCACUACCUUGGUACAGUCCUGGUGUUUGCCCUCAAGGAAAUACUAUCGCCACAAUCACAAAACGCGAAGCAUCCCGCGGAAUCACCACAUUAUGGGAAGCGGCAUGUUGUCCGAGCGGGUUCCAGUACCAAAGCAAUACCGACACCGUCUGGUACUGCGAAUCCACAUUUACGACUCCUCAAACUGUUAUUACCGCAUACACUGAAUCCGGCACGACCUACUGGGACUCAGACUCCAAGAGAAAUACUACGGUGGUGUCGUCUGGAAUUGCAAGAGCUCGUCAAAUUUUGGUCUUCUGGGACUUCGGAGACCUAGCUUUGUUCCCUCCUGAGUAUGCAAAUCCUUUAGCCUCACGUAUAAACGCUCCACUGUCCGAAUCAACAUCAGCUUCACCGGGCGCUGGAAACGGGAGUGGUGCGCCGCCACCGCCCACAUCGAGUCCCGAGACCUCACCCGGACUUAGUACAGCCACCAAGACCGGCAUCGGAGUCGGCGUCGCAUUAGGCGUGGCUCUGGCAAUUGGAGCCAUAAUCGUCACAAUUCUAUGGAGAAGACGAAGACAGCGUGGCAAAAACGCGGAGGAUGAGGACGUUGGUUAUAAGGAUAAACCUGAGCUAUCGGGAGAAACGGCGAUUAAAGAAGCAGAUCCCGGUGUGGAGAUUCCUCACGAGAUUCCUGGGAAUAUGAAUGGGUUGAGUGAGGUAGAUGGUGGUGCAAUGAUUGUUCCAGAGAUUGGGGGAGCGAUGGUGAAUGAGGCGGAUGGGGGUGCAGCGGUCGUUCCUGAGAUCGAUUCCAGGCCUGUGAAGGUGAUGCCAGGACCGCCCACUGAGUUGCCAUAA